UAUUUAAUCUGUCAAUUUGUCGUAACCUAACCUUAUUUUUUGCAUCUGAUUUCCAUUAAGUGUAUCACAAGAAAUUACAUUUAUAAACCUUUUAUCUAGCUUUGAAGGGAAACAAAUCCAUUAGAAACUAAUACAAAUGGCGGGGAGCAAAGGCACAUUUCAGCCGGAUUCUGACGUCCACAUUUCCUACGAAGACCAGCAAAAAAUUAACAAAUUUGCACGUUUGAAUGCCAAACUUGAAGACCUUAAAGAAGAAGUUAAGGUGAAAGAGAACGAUCUGAAAAGUUUGGAAGAAGCAUGUGACGAAAUUGCGUUAUUUGAUGAAGAGGAGAAAAUUCCUUAUUUGGUAGGGGAAGUAUUUAUCCUGCAAGACACUGAAACCACACAGCAGUGCCUCGAUGAUGCUAAGAAGAAAAUUGAUCAGGACAUCAAGGAAUUGAAAAGCCAAUCAGAUGAUGUAAAAAGCCAAAUGAGCGACUUGAAAUCACAUCUUUACGGAAAAUUUGGAAGCCAUAUUAAUUUAGAAGCUGAAGAGGAAUAAAUUAUUUAUGCGGAACGUUUUGGUAUUUAUUUAGAAAUUUCACGCCUAAUAUUACUAAUUUGUGACAUUAUUUCAACUGUUGCUUGACAUUUUGUCACUUUACUGUCAUUCCCAUGUUGCCAGUAAAGAUUUUUGUGUAAUAACGAUUGUAAUAAAAUAUGAAUUAACAAA